CGCAUUAAAGAUGGCGGACACACGCUGGUCCAGAAUAUACUGGCAAACCACAUGCUCCCGACUGUUCAAUAAGUAAUAAUAAGGAAAUGCAGAUGCCGAUUUAUAUCAAAGAAAGACACAAAAUGCUGGAGUAACUCAGCGGGUCAGGCAACUUCCCUGGAAAACAUGCACAUGACGCGUUUCGUGUUGGAACCCUUCUUAGUAACUAACUUGAUUUAUGUUUCAAGUUUUCUUUGUUUAGAUAAGCUGACGAUUUAAGAUAUCGACCUGAAACUUCUUUCUUAUAUCCAUGUUCUCCACAGUUGCAGCCCGAUCUGUUUACUUACUCCGAGACUUUGUGUUAUUUUGUGAUUUUAAACGUUAACUUUGUUUCUUUUUCCACCGAUGCUACUCAGCCUGAAUGUUUCCAACAUUUUUAUUUUAACGUCAGAUUUCUAUUCUCUGCCUAUUCGUUUUUGUUUUGUUUAUUUCGGAUCCAUAAACUUGGGAAUAAAUGUUAACGGAUUUGGAAGGCGUGUGUGUGAUUGGCCCGCAUCAAAAAUGGCGGACCGCAAUGUAUAUUAGCCGCCCGCAAACUGCCAGUUACAAAGAUGGCGGUGGACAUUCGGUUAGCGACGGCCCGAAAGCGCGCCACUUUACCGGCCGAGGUCAACAAACAUCUGGUAUCACCGGGAGAUACGAUCACGACCGAUACGGGUUUUAUGAGAGGCCAUGGUACCUACAUGGAAGAUGAAAAGCUCAUUGCAUCAGUUGCUGGGGCUGUGGAAAGGGUGAACAAGCUGAUAUGUGUCAAGCCACUUCACACAAGAUAUAACGGCGAAGUUGGUGAUGUCGUUGUGGGCAGGAUCACUGAGGUUCAACAGAAGCGCUGGAAAGUGGAAACAAACUCCAGACUAGACUCUGUGCUCCUCCUCUCUUCUGUUAAUCUUCCUGGAGGAGAACUGAGGAGGAGGUCUGCUGAGGAUGAACUGAUGAUGAGGGACUACUUGCAGGAGGGAGACCUGAUCAGUGCAGAGGUACAAGCUGUGUUUGCUGAUGGUGCUUUGUCCUUGCAUACCAGGAGCCUAAAGUAUGGAAAGCUGGGACAAGGUACUCUGGUCCAAGUCUCCCCAUCCCUUGUAAAACGUCGAAAGACUCAUUUUCACAACCUGCCUUGUGGAGCAGCCAUCAUUCUUGGAAAUAACGGCUAUAUUUGGAUUUAUCCCAUCGCUGAACAAAAGGAGGAUGAAACAGGAGGAUUUGUGACUAAUUUUGAGCCGGUUUCUUUAUCGGAUAGAGAGGUCAUCUCACGACUCCACAAUUGCAUCUUAGUCAUGAAUAUUCACAAAAUGUUGCUUUAUGACACCAGCGUUCUCUAUUGCUAUGAGGCAUCACUGCAUUACCAGAUUAAAGAUAUUUUGAAGCCAGAAAUAAUGGAAGAAAUAGUGCUGGAGACGAGGCAACGUUUAAUCAAUCAGGAGGGAUAACGUCAACUACCGACUUUAUUUUUGUUAAAUAUUUUGAAUCAAAUAUUGUAAUAGACUGGGUUUGUCUCUACCAGAGUAAUACAUAACUGACAUUCAUAAACUGUCUAAUGUAGUCAAAAUCCAUUUACAUUACCAUAAAGUUGAAUCUUGACCCAUUGAAA